AUGUCUUCACCGGUCUUGAUCCAUGAGCUGGACGAUGCUGGCGUAUGGAUCGCCAAUCAUGUCGCGGCAGACAGCACCACGACCGUUCAUUCCAUCUGGGUGUGUAGUAUUCCUGACUCACAGAAAGUGCUGGUCGAAUCACAAAAUUGGCGCAGUUGCAAUCGGAGGGCAAAGAGCUGGCUCGCCCAUGGUUCACAGUCGUGGUACGGUGACCUCAGAGACGUGAGUCAGAAUGAAGAUCCUCAGCAUUAUACUGCGCGUGCGAAAGUGCCAUGGUGGAGGAUGGUCUAUUUUGAAAAGGCCCGUCGAAUUGCGUGCGGCUUCAAUGUCACCUCUGCUUGA